AUGCGACACUUGUCAUUCCUGCGCGCUCGACUCUACCUGAUUGAGCUCUUGGAGGCGGAGAACGCGAAGCUCACCCUGAUCGAAGCUCCUCUACAGCGCCUAGAAGACAGACAAAAUCGACCGUCUGUACAUGAGGUCGCUGGAGUCGUUAUCGUGAAAGAAAUCACACAAGAGAGCGAGCGCUCCGAUGCAGACGUCGACGCAACCCAAGACCCCAAGCCACCGGCAGCAGAAGAGCCAACACAGGAGGGUCGUGAUGAGCAGGACGCGGAAGAGCAAGUUACCCUGGCUCCACCAGUGCGCAGAAAGCGCAAACGUCGUACGCGCAGCUAA